GAGGGGGGAGACGAGCUAUCACACAGCGGCGGAUACCGCGUGCGACUCCGUUCUUGUGCAAAACAGAGUCAUCUCUGUUUUCUCCACCUCUCCGCUCCCUGCUGGAUCCCUUCUGGGGGGAUAAUAACACGACACCAUUGAGUCAGCCUACGGCCGUAGAGUUCUGCUCCAUUUCUCGGCUGUUCUGAAUGACGGGCGGACGGUUCGACUUCGAUGAUGGAGGAACAUACUGCGGAGGGUGGGAGGACGGCAAAGCCCACGGACAUGGCAUCUGUACCGGGCCAAAAGGCCAGGGCGAGUACGCCGGCUCCUGGUCGCACGGCUUUGAGAUAGUGGGGGUGUACACCUGGCCCAGCGGGAAUAUGUACCAUGGCUACUGGUCCCAGGGGAAGCGGCAUGGACUGGGAGUAGAAACCAAAGGGAAGUGGAUUUACCGCGGUGAGUGGAGUCACGGCUUCAAGGGUCGCUAUGGACUCCGACAGAGCCACAAUACACCUGCGAGGUACGACGGGACGUGGAGUAACGGGCUACAGGACGGGUAUGGGAUUGAGACCUACGGUGACGGUGGUACAUAUCAGGGCCAGUGGAUGGGCGGGAUGCGGCAUGGAUACGGCGUGCGCCAGAGUGUUCCGUACGGCAUGGCCACUGUAAUCCAGUCCCCGCUACGUACCUCCUUGUCAUCCCUGCGCUCCGAGCAGAGUAACGGCGCCGUGCUCCAGGACCUCUCGGGUGACACGCCCACCGGCGGCCGCGGCGGGUUCGUCCUCAACUUCCACUCGGACAGCGAGGUGGUCACCGGGAAGAAGAAGGGUCUGUUCCGCCACGGGUCGCUGUUUGGGAGCCUCCGUCGGCUCCACAAGUCCGAAUCGAAGUCGUCCAUCUCCAGCAAGAAGAGUUCGGCACGCAGCGACGCCGCUAUGAGCCGCAUCAGCUCCUCCGACGCAGACGCCAACUCCACCAUCUCCCUGGGCGACGGAGAACUGCCGGAAGAGGACCUGCUAUUGGAGGAUCACGUGGACGCCACCACCACCGAGACAUACAUGGGGGAGUGGAAGAACGACAAGCGCAACGGGUUCGGCGUCAGCGAACGUUCCACCGGGAUGAAGUACGAGGGGGAGUGGCUGAACAACAAGCGCCACGGUUACGGCUGCACCACCUUCCCCGAGGGGAACAAGGAAGAAGGGAAGUACAAGAAUAACGUGCUGGUGCGUGGAAUAAGGAAGCAGUUGAUCCCUCUAAAGAACCCCAAAACCAAAGAGAAAGUGGACCGGGCCGUGGAGGGGGCGCGGAGGGCAGGGGCCAUCUCCAGGACGAAGGUGGAAAUAGCAGCUUCAAGGUAG